AAUCUUUGUUUUUUGACUAUCAAUGAAUUAUAUUUUUGUAAAUGCUUAUAAUGAAAAUCAUCUAUGUUAAUCAAUGUUUUUUCACCUAUUUUUUAAUCAUUUUUCAUGCUACUAAAGCAUCAACACAUUGGAUUGUUACCGAAGAUGGCAAAAUACAUACACAGGAGGAUUCUAUUUUUCAGAUGCGUCGACCAUAUGACUUGAUGUCAUUGUUACAGCAGGAAAAACGAGCCGAAGUUUUUGCCAAAAUCAAAACACAAUUAAUGGCACAAAAAGAAGAAAUUGAAUCGGAAAACUUUGAUAACCAAGAAGAUGUUGAACAAUUGGUAUAUCUUACUAAUCCAGAUUGUUUGAAAGCUAAAAAACCAUUAGUACAAUUCGAUCUUUAUGUUGGUACUAUGGUUUUUUUCUAUCCGCGCAAUGAUCGCCGAUCAUUUCCAUCACAAUUUCCAACGAAAAUGUUUCACAAUCAACAGGAUCGAAUAUCAUCAUCGUAUGAAAAUGAUCUUCAUUUUGAAUCGAUAAAUAAAAAUUUGAAUACAUUUACCAGUUCGAAUACUAGUUCGAAAAUUGGUUCAAAAACUAAUGAAAAUGAAUCAUUCAAAUUUGAUAUUGAAGAAAAUGAAAAUGAAACCAAACCAAACAAAUGGAAAAAUGCACCAAAUUGCAGUGAAUAUCCUUUGAAUGAUUUUUCAAUGACUUCAUUUGAACAUUUACCGGUUAGCUUUUCUUUCUUGUUAAACUAAUUGGUUAAUUGUUUUUGUUUUCAGUCGGUAAGAUCACGUAAGAAUCUAAAAAUGGAUGCUGAAUCAGAAAUAUUACGUUUUAUUGGAAAAUGGAAAUCAUAUCAAUCGUUUGGUAAAGAUAUUUCCGAUGGAUUAAAACAGAAUUCAAGUUCAUGGAUACUAUAUACGUUGGCUUCAUUUUAUUGGCGUGGAUUAGGUGAAGCCGAACAGGCAAUCGAAUGUGUUCGACGUGCCCUACAUUCUAGUCCAAACGAAUAUCGAUCAAUAGCAUUGCUAUCAUUGGCAACGAUUCUCCAUCGUUCACGUAGUUAUGAUGAAGCGGUUAUUGUAUUACAUGGAAUUAUCGAUAUGGCACCGCAAAUACCGCAUUCACAUUAUAUCCUGGCUAAUAUCUAUACAGUCAUGACUGAUUAUAAUAAAUCCAUUAUAUGUUUGGAUAAUGUUUCUAAACUUUGUCCAAAUUUUAUUGAAGCUAAACUGCGUAAACAUGCUGUAUUAUGUCAUAUGGGCAUUGAAAAUGCUUUGAAAGCUCAACAUGAAAAUUUACAAAAAACAUUGGAUGAAUUGAAAGAUUAUCAACGACAACAAGAAUUGUGGAUAAAUUAUCAUCAAAAACUACGAUCCGAACAAGCACCGCCUAACGUACAAUUAGAACAACGUCUUCAUUAUCGUGAAUUCAAAAUACGACAAAAAUUGGAAGAUGAAAAUUUUUUCAAACAAGAUAAUCAUUUGAACAAUGACGAUCCAACGUCAAGGGCAGCCACCAAUGACAUACAAACAAAAUUAGAACCGAGUAAAAAAUUAUUUGAUGUUCGCAUUGAACCAGAAGAACCGGAAUCCAAAGAAAAUGAUAUUGAUGAUGAAGGAUCAAAUAGAAUUAAAAAAUUAUUAGCUUCAACCAAAAAUGGUAAUAAAAUGGAAUUGGAUAUCCAAACCGGAGAAAAACAAAACGAUGAUGGUGAUGAUAAUGACCGCGAUGAAGAAGAAAGUAAUACAAGUAAAGAAUGUUCUACGUCAUCAUCAUCCGAUUCUCGGCCAGUUCUUUUGCCCGUUACAUUUGUAUUGCCGUCAUCGGAUUGAAUUUGAACUCAAAACAAACAAACGAAAAAUUCUGAGUUUGGAUAAAAUAUUUAUUUCAAUUCAGAAAGAAAGUAAAAAGUCUUCGAUUGUUUUAUGGUUUAUUUUUGAA